CUCACUUCUGCUUUCGAUAGCUGCUUUUCGAUAGCGUGUAUAAAAGCAGAGCCAUCAUCACCACCAACAACAUCACCAACAACACCAUCAUCAUCAUCAUGAUGAUGACUUCAGAGUUUGUGAACGUGGCUCUGCUGCUCUCACUGUGUGUGUGUCUCACUCUCAGCAUGACUGUCAAACACGACCUGGUGGAGGUUAAGUCUGAGGUCGGAAAGGACUCCAUCCUGCCCUGUCCCGCAGUUUUUAAACCAGGGGUGGAAUACUUAUCACUCACAUGGUACAAGGCGAUAGAUCCUCCCUCGUCCCGUCUCAGCGGCCUCCUGACCCGAGACCUCCCGAACGGCACGACGAGCUACUACCUGGGCAUGGAGCGAGAGAUGGAGCUGGUGGAAGACUCCCCGGACGUCUUCAUGCCCAACGUGACCUGCGCCGACCGUGGCGUGUACACCUGUCACCUGGCGGCACCCGUGGGAGAGCAGAACAGGGAGAGGCAGGUCGUCCUCAGCGUGGCAGAUUGUUCUGAUGAGUCGUCGGAAACCCUGAUGAAAGACGCUUACAUGGUGGUUGCCGCCACGCUGCUGCUGAUCUUUGCACUCAUUAUUUUCAAGAUAAGCUAUGUUUGUUUGACGAACAUCCUCGGAGAACGAAACGAUACGACGACGACGACGAAGAAGGAAACUUUAUUGGACGCUAAGCUCAAACCGCUCGGAAAGAAAGACCUCAUGUCGAUUCAGACUCUGGGUGCCAAACCGUCGAAAACCUCCACGAAGAAACUCAGCUGUGUUUGAAGAGAAGGUCUGCGCUGGAGUUUCUUCUUCAUUAGAAACAAUCACAAAAACCUCAAAAGAGUUCUCAAACAUGUAGAGUUUUGACUUAAUUUAUGUGCAAUUGAUUCAAAGGAAGGCUGAAGUUUAACCAGUUAUAAAAUAGAAUUGACCCUUUAUGCCUCUAACUCUAAAAAGUGUUUAAAAACUCAACUUCACCUCGGAAAAUAUGGAAAUCAAAUCUGGACACAGGAGGGGGAUGUUCCUCCUCGGACUCUCGGGCGCCUUAGAGAUCUGACACUGAACUAGACGACUCCUGUACGGCGAUCUGAAACAUGGCAGCCGUGGCGUUAUGAAGCAUUACAGUUAGCAAGUUGGCGUCGGUUGGAGAGUUUUCAGGAGAGCUGAAAACAACACACUCAGGGGGAGUUUGACUUCACAGAGUCGUUACUCCAGGGUGCAUUUUUUAUUUGUUAUUUAUUUAACCAGGAUCGUCCCAUUGACAUUAAGAACCUCCUUUUCAAGACCUGACCGAGACGGGCAGCAAACACCCAAAGCUACAGGAGACAUCUUUCAUAGUUGCUAAUGUAAUGCAAUAUUCAGGAUGUAGCAUAUUGAGCCUCUAAGCUCCGCCUUCUGACCAAUCAGAAGAUGGAACUCUGUGCCAUGAUCGUUAGAGUCCGCAGACUUUAGCCCUUUAUACAUUGCGUCUCUUUGCCUUUGAGCUUUCACAUUGAAUCUACGUCGGUAUGACAUCACUGCAGACGUUUAACAGCGAUGCAGUUUCUCUCCUCUUACUCGUCUGUGUCUACCUCUAAAUAACUCCGCCCCCGUCAUUACGCCUCCAGGACAUAAAUAUUAACAGCGAGGCGUCAAAAUCCCAUCGUGAAGAGGCAAUGUGAAAGGGGCUAUUUGAAGAAAGAGGAGGGAGGAGUUUAUGGAGAAAAGCUCGUCUGUCGUCCUGUUGA